CUUGCAGGCUCCAGAUGGGGUCAGGAAGUGCAUUGUUGCCACCAACAUUGCAGAGACCUCACCAACAGUGGACGGCAUCAUGUUUGUGAUUGACUCUGGCUAUUGCAAGUUGAAGGUUUUCAACCCCCGUAUAGGCAUGGAUGCACUGCAGACCUACCCCAUCAGUCAAGCAAAUGCCAACCAGAGGGCAGGCCAAGCUGGCUGAACGGGCCCAGGCCACUGCUUCAGGCAGGCAUGUAAUGGUGUUCCUGUUCCUGUCCUACCUGCAGCUUGGCAUCAGGUUAUACAUACUUUUUUCUCACUGGAGCUGUUUGCUGUCUUGAACUUUUGGGGGUACGAGAGCAGUAAGCAGGUCUUGAGCCCUUCUCUUUUGGACCCAGUGACUCUGCAGAGGAAACGCCAUGCUCUGGUUUCUUUCCUUGCCUGUCUUCACUUGUGGCUGUUCUGCCCUUGAUCCUGUGAGGAUAACAGCCAAGCCAAGCAGCUUUCUCAGUGCAUUGCUUUGAGGCUGGUCUGUGCCCAGGGAAUUACAGUGCUUGUGAGGGGUGUGCACUGUGCUGCAGCACAGAUACCCUUAGGCGCCGGGGAGGCCACAUGUUGGCCAGGGUAGAGGUUCCUCUCUGAUGUCCUGCUGGCUGGGGUGGGCAGCGGUGGGUGAGUCAAUAGUGGACACCAUGGCCCGAAUGUGAGCAGCAUGCUCUUGGCAUCUGUUCUCCAGGCUGUACACCCAAAGUGCCUACAAGAAUGAGCUGCUAACAACCACAGUGCCUGAGAUCCAGCGCACCAACCUUGCCAAUGUGGUGCUUUUGCUCAAGUCCCUGGGUGUUCAAGUCCUGCUGCAGUUCCACUUCAUGGAUCCGCCCCCUGAGGACAACAUGCUUAACUCCAUGUAUCAGCUAUGGAUCCUGGGAGCCCUGGAUAACACUGGUGGUCUGACCUCAACAGGACGUCUCAUGGUGGAGUUUCCACUGGAUCCUGCGCUCUCCAAAAUGCUCAUUGUCUCCUGUGACAUGGGUUGCAGCUCUGAGAUCUUGCUUGUUAUCUCCAUGUUGUCUGUACCUGCCAUCUUUUAUCGGCCUAAGAUACAUGUUUGCUCUUUCAGCAGUCUGGGGCUUUCCGCUGAUAAUUUGACUAACCUGUGUUCUUUUCUCACCCUUCAGGGCCGAGAGGAGGAGAGUGACCAAGUGUGGGAGAAAUUUGCUGUUCCGGAGAGUGAUCACUUGACUUACAUGAAUGUUCACCUGCAGUGGAAGAACAACUGCUAUUCCACAUUGUGGUGCAACCAGCACUUCAUCUAUGCCAAGGCCAUGUGGAGGUGAGGCUGUGGCAAUGAGGCUGUGGGUGGGAGCAUUACACAGGAGAGGGGUCUGACUGCCACAUGCCCCUGCAGGUGCGGGAGGUGCGUGCCCAGCUCAAGGACACCAUGGUGCCAUCAAUGAGCCUGGCAUCCUGUGGUACUGACUGGGAUAUUGUCAGGAAGUGCAUCUGUGCUGCGUAUUUCCAUCAAGCUGCAACGCUUAAGGGCACUGGGGAGUAUGUGAACAUCCGUACAGGCAUGCCUUGCCAGCCGCACGCUACGAGCUCUCUGUUUGGCAUGGGCUACACACCAGACUACACUGUGUAUCAUGCGUUGGUCAUGACCACCAAGGAAUACACGCAGUGUGUCACUGCUGUGGAUGGAGAGUGGCUGGCAGAGCUGGGCCCCAUGUUCUACAGUAUCAAGCAUGCUGGCAAGUCACGUCAGGAGAACCGCCGCCGUGCCAAGGAGGAAGUGUCUGCCAUGGAGGAGAUGGCGCUGGCCGAGGAGCAGCUGCGUGCCCGCCGGGAGGAGCAGGAGCGCCGCAGCCCUCUGGGCAGUGCCAGAGCUACUAAAAUCUACACCCCUGGGCGGAAGGAGCGGGGCGAGCCCCUGACACCAGGACACACUCCAGCACGCUUUGGCCUCUAAGGCAGCGGUGCCCGUUGCUUUGAAGCUUAAAGACUUUCAGGAGGAGCUGAGUCUUAGGAGUGUGGCCAGCCUCUCUGAUCACUGUACUCUCUGAGGCACUCUACAGCUUGUGGCCCAGAAAAGAUAUGGUGCUUGGCACUGAUUUUGCUACAGAACAGAAAAGACUUUAUUUUGUUUAAAAGUUGU